AUGCAACCUCUUCUGAAGCAGCUCGCCCGUCCGCUGGCUUCCUCUGGAGGCCAAUUCCUGUGCCGAAGCGCCGUUUCAUCCUUUCAGAGAACCCUUCCUCUCAGCAGGACCAUUUCGCGACUCCGGGUCCCCUCCGAGUCGGAACUGCCCGAGUCCACGCGUCAGCUCAUCUCGAAACACCAUGGCGACAACUGGGCUCGCGCUUUCGCCGUGAACCCAGACACCAUUCGACGCUUCGUGACCUACUAUGAGGAUAUCUUCGGGACCAAGACUCGUCUUCCGCUCCAGGAACGCGAACUGCUUGCCGUCGUCACCUCCGCCGCCAAUGGAUGUGGUUUCUGCCAGGCCAACCACACCCUCGGACUGGCGGCGGCCAGCAAUGACAAGCUGCGCGCCAAACGGAUUGCCUUGGACCACCACCUGGUCGACUUGACCGAGCGGGAACGUGCGUUGGCCGACCUGGCGGAGAAGCUGACGCUGACGCCGCGAAAGAUCGGCCAAGAGGACUUUGACCGGCUGCGCAAGGUUGGCCUCUCCGACGAGGAUAUUCUAGAGGCGGUGGAAACCGUCUCCUGGUUUAAUCACUCGAACCGCAUCACGAUUGCGUUAGGGGUUGUGCCGGACGCUCGAUACUUCGAGUAA